UCCAUCCAGCAGGAGUGCCAUUUCCUCACUGAGGCGUAUGCCCUUCAACAAGGCAAGCCUUUUAAUGCCCAGUCACUGAUAAACAGUGCUGUGUCCAACAUCAUCUGCUGCCUGGUGUUUGGGGAUCGCUUUGAGUACACUGACAAGCAGCACCACAUGAUUCUUCAGACCUUCAAUGAGUUACUGUACUUGGAGGGAGGUUUUUGGGCACAGGUUUAUAACACGUUACCCUGGCUGAUGAAGUGGCUGCCUGGACCUCACCAGAAGAUAUUCACACUGACACAAAACAUAAUUGACUUCAUACACAUCAAGAUCCAAGAACACAGAGAAAGCUUUGACCCUUCAUCACAAAGAGACUACAUCGACUGCUUCCUCACAGAGAUGGGAGAGAUGAAGGACAAAGAUUCUGGUUUCGACUUAGAUAAUUUAAAGAUCUGCACUAUGGACCUGUUUGGUGCUGGAACUGAAACCACUACCACUACUUUACACUGGGGACUGCUGUACAUGAUCUACUACCCUCACAUUCAAGAGAGAGUCCAGGCUGAGAUAGAUACUGUUGUUGGUUCAUCCAGACAGCCCUCUAUGACGGACAAAGAAAAGAUGCCCUAUACCGAUGCAGUCAUCCAUGAAAUCCAGAGAAUGGCCAACAUCGUUCCCCUAAAUGUGGCCCGCAUGACAAACAAGGACACUGUUCUCGACAAGUACAAGCUCCCAAAGGGCACCCUUGUCUUGCCCACACUGGUUUCGGUUCUACGUGAUGAGUCGAUGUGGGAAACUCCACACACAUUCAACCCUCAACAUUUUCUGGACCGGGAAGGCAAAUUUAGAAAGAGAGAAGCCUUCCUUCCUUUUUCAGCAGGGAAGCGUGUGUGUCUUGGGGAGCAGCUGGCCAGGAUGGAGUUAUUCCUCUUUUUCACCUGCCUCCUUCAGAGGUUUUCUUUCUCAGCACCUGCUGGAGAGCCACCCACUCUGGAGUUUAAGUUAGGGGGCACUCUCUGUCCCAAACCUUACCGCCUCUGUGCCGUACCACGAUAAACCACCAACUGUCCCAAACUGUACCAUCACAAACACAAUGAAUCUGUGACACAAUGAAACUGUUUUCACUUUGAUUUGAAUUAUCUACUGUUAUUUUACAUAUAUUAGACAUUGUUUUCUUUUCCUUAACCAGAAGGCCUUUUAGGGAUUU